UGAGAGGUGUGAAAAUUUGAUUAGGAAUACUCUUCAAAUUCAGAGUUGUAAACUUAAAUGAAAUGAGUUCGUGUUAAGUGUACUUAAGGACAGUGCACGGGUAGCAGAAAUUGCUUCCAUAAGUCACUAGUAUUUAGUUAUUUAUGUAAUAUUCAGAGUUUUUAUAUUUUGUGAAACUAGUGUAGAGUAGGAAUUGUGUAAAAUUAUUAUUGGUUAUAAACUAAACUGUAACGCGAAUGUUUAGAUGAAUUUAUUUCAAAGGAUCAAUACACUUGAAAUAAAAUAAACUUGUUAUUUUUAUCUUAACUCGUGAAUGAAAGUGUAGUUAUAAUUAUGGAUAGACCACAGUUAGGAUUGCCUGUUGGGGGUGAUGCAAAUCUGGUCCUUAAUCGUGACUCAUCAGUGGAGGAGGUGAUGGUUGCUGAUGACUCAGAGACUAACUCUGAAUCCACCUCCAGUCAGGAGAGUCCUCAGCGGUUCUCUGUCCUUAAGUUUCAGGAAGAGUGGCUCUUUCUUCAGAACCAGGAUGAGGCCCUGACAACACUGAGGCAACGUGCAUUGAGUGGUGGCUUGCGUGGCUGUCGGCUGCGAAGUGUGUGCUGGAAGCUGCUACUGGGUAUACUGACAGGUGGAAACCCACAACAGUGGGUCCAGCAGAUAAAACAGAUACGCAACAACUAUGUAGACCUGUUCGAUAAAGUCAAAAUCAACCCUUGGUUGGAUAUGGAUACAGAUUUGGAUAACCCUCUGUCUCAAGAUGCCGAGAGUCCAUGGCAUCAGUAUUUCUGUGAUCAAGAACUGCAGAACGUUAUCAAAAUGGAUGUCGUCCGUACGUUUCCUGGAGUGGAAUUCUUUCGAGAUGAGAAAAUACAGCAGGCGAUGGUUAACAUUUUGUUUUGUUAUGCUCGUGAUCAUCCGUCCAUGUGUUAUAGACAGGGAAUGCAUGAGAUUCUGGCUCCACUGUUGUUUGUAGUCCACUGUGAUUACCAAACCUAUGUUAACACAGUAGGAGUUAACAAAUCCAGUAGUGACCCUAUGCAGACAAUACUUGAUCCUACAUAUGUUGAAGAAGAUACUUAUGCAGUAUUUGCAAAAGUGAUGUUUGCUAUUCAAGGAUCAUACCAGAUCUCAAAUGUAGAGCCUUCCAAUACUGGCUACUUUCCUACUAACUCUACACCCACUAGUCCCGUGAGUGAGGUGUUGAAUCAGCUAGACUGGAUCAAGGAACAUCUUUUGGCUCCUUUAGAUCCUGAGUUGCAUCAGCACCUUCAGCAGAUGGAUGUCACCCUGGCUUUGUUCGGCAUUCGAUGGUUGAGACUACUGUUUGGGCGGGAGUUUCCUCUGCAAGACUUGCUUGUGCUGUGGGACGCUGUGUUUGCAGAAGGCAAUAUGUUCCAGCUUGUCAAUUAUAUUGUAGUUGCAAUGCUCAUGGCCAUCAGGCAUCAAUUGCUCACAUCUGACCACACUUCGUGCCUUACUAUCUUAAUGAGGUAUCCAUCUAUGGAAGUAUCCAAGAUCAUAGACCAUGCCUUGUUCCUUAAGAAUCCAAUGGCUUAUCAUCAACCUUAUCAGACUGUAAGUUACUUCCAUCCCUCUGCUUCUGCAGGAGUGCAAUCAAAUAUGAAUCCUAUAGCCAACAAAAAGAGGCCACAUAAACUGGAUAAGAAAGAAAAAAGUGAGGCCAGCUUUCUUAGCAACAGAUUUAAGAGAUUGUCUUUGAGAAGAAGCAGUCAAUCAGAUAGCAUAAGUGUCAACAAUGAUAAUUCUUCCAGUAUCAUUGAAGGUUUCAUGCUUGAUGACCCAGCCGUAGUGCGCGGUGAGCUGAAACAUUGCCGCGCUGUGAUGUCGCUGGUGCAGUUGAAGCUGGCGCAAUACCACACUGUGCUGGAGCAGUGUGUGCCUCACACCAACAUUGCUGCCCAGCAAGCCCUCACCGGUAUACAUGAGUUAUGUUCGCUUCUGGACCCUCAUCGACCAAGCCCCUCACCCUCUCCCUCAAGUUUUGAUGUGGAACCAGCCUAUGAGGUGGGGGAGGUGCAGCUCACUCCCUCCACCACUCCUACUCCUACCAACCUACCACCUCCUCGCUCGGAGAUCGACAUGACUAUUUUCAAGAGGCCACAGGGGCAACCCGUCGAAACCUCUGACAAUGUAGUACAAUCUCCAGUGAAGAAGUAGUUGCUUAUGCUGCAAUUACAGAUUCCCCAACCCAAUGGAUCAUGUGUUAUUGUUUGUUUUUUACUGUUCUCCCUUGUUUUCUUGUGUUAUAUUUGUUCUAAGCAUAUGUUAUGUUACGUGUUCAGUUUUGAUUUCUCUUGUGUUUUUUAUACUUGUUUAAAGUUCUUCAUAGGUUUUUAUUAAGUGUUGUAAAAUGCUAAUAUAAUUAGUUGAAUUAAGAUAUGUAAUAUACCUCAAAGCCUUAAAGUAACAGUGGUUUAAAAUGUGUACUGACGUAAAGAAAUUUAUAUAUUUCCUCAUAUGGUUCAUAAAUUAAAUAGUUCCUGAGCUCACUUUUCAGUAAGAGAAUGUCCUAUAUAAUGUUAAAGUUUUUUAAUUUUCAUAUCAAUUUCAUAUCCUAUCAAAACAAUUUUAAAGCUACUGCUUCAAAUAAUGUCUAAAGUAUGUAAAUAAGAAUUCAGGUGCAUUAGUGUAGUUAAAAAGCAAUGUUUUAUGUCAUCAUUCUGUACUUGAAAUUUUACUAUUUUAGUUUUAUAACAUUGAUUUUUUGUUCUUAUCUCAGGUUACUAUUUGCAUAGAUUAAGUACUUUAAUUUUCCUGUAUGUAUACAUAAAUAAUAAUGGAUUUUUAAAAUAGUCCUAAAAAUAGUUCAUUUUGUUUAUAAUGUAUAGGUUUUAUGAAUAUGAAUUAAAUUGGAACAGUUGCAUUCAAA